AUGAAGAUCGCCUACAGGGUAACAAGCAUUUCAAGCCACGAAAUCUUUACUUUAAAUCGUAUCGAGGCAAGGCCAUUCAAAAAUAUUUCUUUUUCUCUUUCAGAUCCUCGUUGCAUUCGCUUUGGCUGGUAUCGUGGAACUCAAAUCGUCAUCAAAAAGGGAGAAGAAAAGCGUGACUAUAUUAGGACCAUCUGGCUAUGAUUUUUUCGGAAUGGCGCCAAUUUUUUCUACCGGUUCAUGGUCUCCAACCAGUUUUGGAUCAGCUCUCUGGAAUCCCACAGGGGUGCCAGACAUUCCCUUGACGCAAGUACAGGUUCAAGCAACGCAUAACGUCGCUCUUCAGGCAUUAAGGGAUCCAGUUAGUGGCACACCGAGCGUUGCGUAUCCUCCGGACGUGCUGAAAGCCAUUCAACAGGCCAAGGAAGCAAAUCAGAAUGUAAAUUGGGCACAGCAUAAAGUAGCAGAGGCUAAACAAGCUGCUAUUGUUCAACAGAAGGUUGCCCUGGCCAAAGAAGCUGCGGCCAGGGAAGCUGCAGCGAGGUCGCAGGAAAUUUCGUCAGCUGCCGAAGCUGAGGCCAGAUCGAGCGCGAAACAAUUGGUCGCCUUGCAGCAAAGACUGGCGUCGUUGAAAGAUGCGGUUGCAGCUGCUCAACGAGUUGCCGCGGCAAGGGAGGCAGCUGCAGCUGCCGCCAUUCAAAGAAACGCUGCUGCAACGGCUGCCGAAUUGCAGAAACAGGACGUUGACAAACAGAUCAGUCAAAGCGAGCAGGAGGCAAAGUCGGUGCACCGAGCUGUUGUCAAUUUGCAGGAGAAAGAUAUAAUCGCUGCUAAGGAGAACGCUGUAGCGAACGCUGUACAACUUGCGGCAUUGCAAAAAUCAACGCAUCAUCCUUGGUCUCGAUAA